CCGUUUCCGUUCCAGGCCUGACUUGCGUCACUGCCGCUCUCUUUAUGAUUAAGAAAGCCGCGUUCCUCCCGCCCAGCGCCCCCUGCCGGUUGCAGCGCGGAAGAGGGGGUCCUUGAGCGCAGUUGCCGUGGCAACGCCGGGGGGCCGGCGGGCAUGGGGGCGCCCGGUUGGGGAAGCUGGCUGGGCCGGCCCUGAGCAACAGCCCCCGAGGGCCUUUCUGUCCAAGUGGGACCGGCUCCUCCCUUGGAGACGUCAGCUGGGCGGCCGGCUCCUCCAGUGGGAAUCCUGCGAUGGCAAGAAGCUGGCUUCCAAGAAUGGUGGACCAGGACCGAGCGAUGAGCUUGAAAUUCUGGUUCCUCUUCCUGCUGUAUUUCGUGCAAGGAAUCCCCUACGGGCUGCAGUCGGGACUCCUGCCCAUCUACUUCCGGACGGUGGGCCUCUCCUUCACCAAGAUCAGCCUGACCAAGCUGCUUUACCUGCCGUGGUUCCUCAAGGUCUUCUGGGCGCCCUUCGUGGACUGGUAUUUCUCCAAGAAGGCCUGGCUCAUCUUCACCAUGUCCGGCCUGGCCCUCACCUGCCUGGCUUGCUCCUUCCUGACCCCGGAGGUGGAUUUCCUCGGAGUGGCCGUCGCCCUGCUGUUCAUGAACCUCUUCGCUUCCCUCCAGGACGUGGCGACCGACGGGAUCGCCAUCCAGAUGCUGGGGCGCGAGGAGCUGGGCUUUGGGAAUAGCAUCCAGGUGGUGGCCUAUAAACUGGGCUCUGUCCUGGCCGGAGGAGGCCUGCUGACUUUCCUCCAUCACCUGGGCUGGGGACCCCUCUUCGUCUACCUGGCUCUCGUAUACGUUGCGGCCAGCUGGUUCACCUCCACCUUUCCCCUGAGGCCCUCUCCUCGAGGCAGCCAGGCCGAGGAUAGCAACCUAAACCUUCUGGGGUUCUUCCAUGAGCUUCUCCUUGUGCCCGACACGCUGUGGACCGCCGGCUUAGUCCUCAUCUACAAGUUGGGUGAGCAGGGGUCGCUCUCCAUGUUCCCCCUCUUCCUCCUGGACCACAGCUUCUCCCCCCAGAAGCUGGGCUUCUGGAAUGGGAUUGUGGCCACCGCCUUCUCCAUUGUAGGAUCUUCCCUGGGGGGCCAGCUGAUGUCAAACGGCAGGAAUUGGGACUCUCUGCAGAGAUUGCUGGUCCUUCGCUUCUGCAACCUCCUCUUCCAGACCUGGGUGAUGGUCACCUACACUGACCACGCGGCGGCCUUUGAAGUGGCGGCGGUGCUGAGCAUGUGCAUCCAGCACUUCAUUGGGGGCCUGAUCACCACGCUGGUCUUCAGCAAGAUGAUGCUGUGCACCCAGAAGGCCCCCGAGAGCAUCCAGGCCACUCACUACAGCCUCCUGGCCGCUAUCGAGGUCCUCGGGAAAGUGGCCUUCAGCACCGUGUCAGGUAGCCUGGUGGAUUGGCUGGGCUUCCCCCACACCUUCGGCGUCUUCCUGGCCCUCUCCUUCGGCUCCGUGCUCUACACGGUGUAAGCCAGGAUGGGCAGAGGCUGUUCCGGUGCCACUGGCCAGAGAGAGAGAAGCACCUGAAAGAGAAGCCCACGGAAGCCACGGAGGUCUCAUUAAAACAACCGCCUCCCACAACUGCUUCCUGGCCAGUCCUCUCUGGUGAUGGGUGGGGAGUGGGCCUGUCGGGUGGGGAAAGAGAGGUUGCUGUGCAGAGUUCGAGUAGUUCUCCUUUAGGCUUCCAACUCCCAGAAUUCCUGAGCCAGCAAUAAUAAUAAUAAU